AUCGAUCGAUUUCUUCAGAUCUCCGAAUUUGGCGUCGCAUCCUCCUACGCUACGCCUCCCCUUCCUCUCCCUCUCUAACCCCAUAGCCUACAGGCCUAGACCCUACCGUACCUGACCACCACCUCCUCUUCGAGACAGCCAUGAUGGCCGCGGAGCCCUCGCCGGCGGCCUCCUCCGCCGCCGCCGCCGAAGACCUCGAAACCCUCCCACUAGACUCUUCCUACUCGUCCGCCCCCGCCACUGACCCCCUCCUCCGCCCGCCCGCCUCCCCCGCCGCCGCCGCCACCGUCGUGGGGGACCACGACCCCUUCGUCAUCGACGACGAAUUCGUUGUCGACGACGACGACGACAUCGCCCCCGAGCCCGCGCCGGCCGCGCCGCCCCCCGCCGAAGCGCGGGGCCCCGAGUUCGCGCGGAUCGUCGUGUCGGAUCCGAAGAAGCACGCGGAGCCCACGGCGGGGGCCUCCGGCGUGAUCCCGGGCUCCGGGAGCUACUUCUCCUACCUCGUCACCACCCGCCUCGCCGAGAGCGGCGACGAGGUCCGCGUGCGGCGGCGCUUCCGCGACGUGGUGGCCCUCGCGGACCGCCUCGCCGCGGCUCACAGGGGCCUCUUCAUCCCGACCCGGCCGGACAAGAGCGUCGUCGAGGGGCAGGUCAUGCAGCGCCACGACUUCGUUAACCAGCGGUGUAGCGCGCUCCAGCGCUACCUCCGCCGUCUCGCCGCGCACCCCGUUGUUGGCCACAGCCCGGAUCUCCGCACGUUCCUCACCGAGCCUGGUGCCAUCCCCGCCUUUGAGGGCGAGGCGCCACGGUAUUGGACCACAACAGUGAGUUCUAUUGCUCCAUCGGCGCCUGUGAAAGCUGGAAGAGACUUGUUUGGGAUGUUUAAGGGUUUGAAACAGACGGUGGUGAAUGGGAUGGUUGCAACAAAGCCCCCACCGGUGGUGGAGGAGACUGACACAGUAUUUCUAGAACAAAAGGCCAGGCUUCAGGAUUUACAGCAGCAGCUCACCACAACAUCUCAGCAGGCAGAAGCAUUAGUUAAAGCUCGGGAUGAUCUUAAGACAUCUACAGCUCAUUUGGGAAUGACAUUAAUUAAGCUGGCAAAAUUUGAAAGAGAGCAGGCCACAUGUAGUCCACAGAGAAGACGAGCUGCUGAUAUCAACAAUUUUGGAAAUUCUGUUGUCAAGUUCAGCAGAUCACAGGCUAAACUAAAUUCUGAAAUUGUGAAGCACCUGGGUUGUAUCCAUGAAUACCUGGAGACGAUGAUAUCUGUUCACCAUGCGUUUACCGAUCGUUCUAAUGCUUUACACCAUGUGCAAAGUCUGUCAGCAGAUCUAUUUUUCUUGCACGCCAGGGCUGUAAAACUUGAAUCAUUACCAUCUAGAACUGUGGACCAGCAGUGGGAAAGGCACCAUAAGAUAGGGGGUCUUAAAGAAACAAUAAGUGCGACAGAAGCAGAGAAGAGCCAUGCAGUUAAAGAAUAUGAAAAUAUUAAGGAGAACAAUAUGAUUGAAAUUAGAAGAUUCGAUAAGGACAGGCGUCGAGAUUUUGUGGAGAUGCUGAAAGGAUUUAUCGUAAAUCAGGUUUCGUAUUCAGACCAUUAUGCUAAUAUGUGGGCAAAGGUAGCAGAGGAAACUAAAGCUGUGGGGAGGGAUGCCAGGGUGCGGGUCUGGGAGAAGCUGACGGCCGCGAGGGUGGUGUACCUCGGUGAGGCCGAGCUCGUGCCCGACCCCGACGACCGCGUGCUCGAGCUCGAGAUCGUGAAGGGACUCGCGACCAGGUGCGCUGAGGCCGAGAGGGGCGUGGCGCUCGCGCUCGAGGCGUUCCCCUCCGACCUCCAGCAGCAGCUCGACCAGUUCAUGGACGGAAGGAUUGAUGGUAGCAUCCUAAAGUUGUACACAUUGCACUGGCCACAAGACCGGUGGGAGGAGUAUGAACCUCUUCUGAAUUACUGCCGUGAUACUGGAAUUAAGCUUAUUGCUUGCGGAACUCCACUAAAGGUGAAAAGAACUGUCCAAGCAGAUGGGAUUAGAGGACUUUCAAAGGCAGACAGAGAAGAAUAUGCCCCUCCAGCAGGGUCAGGCUUCAUCUCUGGCUUUUCAUCUAUCUCAGGCCGGUCAUUGAUAGACAAGAUUUCAUCAUCUCGUGACUCUCCUUUUGGUCCUACCUCAUAUUUAUCGGCACAGGCAAGAGUAGUUGAUGAUUAUACCAUGUCCAAAAUUAUUCUAAAAGAGCUUAAUGGUGGGGAUACUUCAAGGAUGCUAAUUGUUGUGGCGGGCGCAAGCCAUGUUAUUUAUGGGUCACGAGGAAUUGGUGUUCCUGCCAGAGUAUCUAAAAAAAUGCCAAAGAAAGACCAAGUUGUGGUACUACUUGACCCUGAGAGGCAAAGCAUAAGGAGGGAAGGUGAAAUCCCGGUUGCUGACUUCUUAUGGUAUUCAGCAGCUAAACCUUGCAGUAGAAACUGCUUUGACCGUGCUGAAAUUGCACGAGUUAUGAAUGCUGCUGGUAGGAGACCUGAAGGUUUGCCUCAGGAUCUUCAGAGAGGAAUAGAUCUUGGUGUGGUUUCUCCUGAGAUACUGCAGAACUUUUUUGACCUUGAGAAAUACCCUGUUAUGUCUGAACUGAUUCACAGAUUCCAAGGUUUUCGUGAAAGAUUGCUGGCAGACCCCAAAUUUCUUCAAAGAUUGGCUAUUGAAGAAGCUAUAUCAAUAACGACCACUCUAUUAGCACAGUACGAAAGGCGGAAAGGGCGAUUUUUUGAAGAGAUUGACUAUGUACUCACCGAUACAAUUAGAGGCUCUGUUGUUGAUUUCUUUACAGUGUGGCUUCCUGCUCCUACUAUCUCAGUCCUUUCUUAUGCUGAUGAUGGUUCUGGUGAGAGUUUGGAGUUUGUCAAAGGCCUAUUAGGAUCAUUGCCAGACAAUGCAUUUCAAAAGAAUUUAUUGGGUCAAAACUGGAAUAUGAACCAGAGAGUUGCUGCAGUGUUAGUUGGCGGGUUGAAACUUGCUAGCGUUGGGUUUAUUUCUAGUGUUGGGGCUGGAGCUUCCUCGGAUCUCCUGUAUGCUGCUCGACGUGUGCUUAAACCUUCAGUGAAUGCAGAAGCAGGACGGAAGAGAUCACCUAUCUGGAAGUCAGCAGCUGUUUAUAGUUGCUUUCUUGGAACGUCUGCUAACUUGCGGUAUCAGAUCAUUGCUGGUUUAGUGGAGUAUCGGCUAGGAGAGACUCUAGCUACCAACUACAAUCAGCCACUUCUUGCCAGUUUGUUGUCCUUUGUGGCAAGGACAGUGAACUCAUACUGGGGAACACAGCAAUGGGUUGACCUUGCGCGAUAUACUGGACUACAAAAGACCAAGGAACUUCCUCCUGUUGAGGUCGCCACACCACCCGCUGAAACGUCAGAGUUAGAGGACGGUAGAACUGAAGUACAACAUUUGGAUGACAACAGCAACCAAUCGAACGGUCGAACCGAGUGAUUUGGUUAUUUCACAAUG